UGUUACCGGAAGUCACCGCCCUGUUGUCACUUUACGGCUCUCCACAGGUGAAGCGUACGGCUGCUACUGCCUCGAAGGAUUCAAACGUAGAAUUUAAACCUAAGCCAAUUACUUGGGCUCAUUCUAGAGCAAUUCUAGUUUGUUCAGAGACUUUUUUAAAAGGAUAAACCAGAAGAUCCAUAUUUUAGAGCGCUCCAAACCCGUCGACAUGAUUGUCUGGGGACUGGUUUCGUUGGCUUUCUUCUGUUACGCUGCGGCUGGUGUAUCUGGGUUUUCAGUGACUACCCGUAACAAUGAUGUGCGUGUCAAAGAAAAUGAAGGAGUUGACCUUUCGUGCCAGUACUCUGCUGACUUUGGUAGUGAUGCAAGAGUAGAAUGGAAAUUUCAAGAUCUCGAAGGCUCACAGACAUAUGUGAUUUUUGCUGGAAAACCAACAGUAUCUUAUGCUAGCAGAGUAACAAUGUAUGGCAGCAGUCUGAGAUUUACUUCAGUUACUGUCAAAGAUAACGGCAUGUACGACUGUGAGGUCUCUGGAAAAGGACAGUUUGGCGAGGUUCGAGUGCAGCUAACUGUUUUGGUGCCACCGGGGGUUCCAGUGUGCAGGGUGCCCGCAUCAGUGACAACAGGAAAUGCAGCUCUGCUCUCAUGUAAGGAUAAUGUUGGCUCUCCUUCUCCAACCUAUAAGUGGUUCAAAGAUAAUGUCCUUCUUCCUGCAAACCCCAAAAUGGUGUCUGGCUUCCAAAAUGCAACCUACAACCUAAACACGAAAAAUGGCAAUCUGGAGUUCAGUCCUGCAUCAAAGGGGGAUACAGCUUCUUACUACUGUGUGGCUGAAAAUUCUGCAGGUCCUCCUCAGCAGUGUAAAGCAACCAGAAUGGAAGUCCGUGACUUAAACACUGGAGGGAUUGUAGCUGGAGUCAUCAUCUUCCUGCUUUUGUUAGCUUUACUUGGAUUUGGCAUCUGGUAUGCCUACAAGAAAGGUUACAUACCAAAGAAGAGCGAAACACAAAAGCCAAAUGUUGUCUACCAGCCACAAUCUGUGUAUGGAGGGGAGGAGGAUGACGAUGGGGAAUUUAAACAGAAGUCAUCGUUUGUUGUUUAGCCCAAAGUUUUUUUUUUCAGCUGUAAUAUGUAUGUGUACUUUUAUGUGUAUUUUUGAGUGCUUGUAUAAGAUUGAUGAGUUGACUGGUUUGGCUUUUAUUUUCUUUAACUCAGAAUUCUCUUGUUUUUAUUUAUGACAUUAUGAACUUGAUACAACUGUUUAAAUUCUGCUAGAAGAAAGACAUGAAUGGUGCUUGGGAAUAAAUGGAAUAUCCCUUGAUGUUUUUUACAUGUUUCUGCAAAUAUUUUUGUAUAGUCUGAAUUGUCCUUUUGAUGUUUGUAGUUAUUUCCCUUUUAACUAUUGUUUGUGAUUUUUUGGACUCUCGCCCACAAAGACCCUGGCUCUGAUAAUGUAUAGAAUGAACUCUUAACCUGUCAGGUUAUUGCCUUCAGAAUAGCUAAUUUCUAUCCUAUGCUGUAGUUGUUAUUGCCACAUGAAAUAAAUACUAUAGCGUAGUCAAAGUAAACUACAUAAACUUGCACAUUAAUGUGUAAUGAAUCAGGAAGCUUUGUUUUUCUUUGUUUUGAUCUUUAAGUUUACUUGUAAAGAUGCUGAGUCUUAUUGAACAAUAAAAUUGCCUUGUUACAAGA